GUGAGUGCAGUUUGAGUUGUGCUCUGCGCUCUAUGCCAGCUAGAGGUGUAUUUCGGCUCCACUCUCUGUAUCUCUGGGUAGCAGCACCCCACCGUGCAGCCAGCCUGAGUGCCAUGUCUAACAGCUGUGUUGGCAAAGGGUUGCAGCUCAUCUGAAGGGGAAGGUAGCACCUUGCUUUGAGGAGAACAGAAGAUAAAAGACGACUGACCAGUUGCAGAGAGAGGGGGGAAAUAACUGACAACCCCCCUCGCCUCACUAAACAGAGCAAAAACGGAAGGCUUUGGAGUAUUCAAUUUUUUCUUUCGUUUUAUAUUUUUUGUAUUCCUCACCGCGGUGCUGGGAGGUGCUUCAUCUUUUCAUAUAGUCCCUCUCUCCGUCAUUUGCCUCCUCAUCUAUUUCUCCAUCUACCUGGUGUAUAAUUUCCUCUAUUUAUGAGUGGGAGAAAAGAAGAAGGAGAGAGGAGUUUUGGUUCAAUUUUUGUCCUUUCUUUCCUCCGCUCCACUCUUCCCUCCCUUUCACCAAAACAUAUCGCACCUGUCAGUCCCUCCUUGCCAUUUCAUUUCUAGCUGCUGCCAUCAGUUCAUUUUUCCUCAUCCUACGCCUCUUCCUGUCUCUAAAGUCUGAUGUUAUAUGAACUUGGAUGAAUUUUCUUCAAAGACAACUAAAAAACUCCUCAUCAAUGACUCUUUUUUUCCUUUUUCCUUCUCUUUUGGUCCCUCCACACCCAUUUUCUUUGCAUCACACUCUUGCGGGAUUCUUAAAUGUUACUCUAGACUGAGAAAGAGAGAAGAGUGUUGAGCGGGUCGGAAAACUGAUCAUCAUCAUGACUGGCUAAAGCAAAGCGAAGGCAAGAAAGCCUAAGAAAAAGAAGAAGAAGAAGGAAGGGAAGAAGAAGAAGAGGAGUACGUACACACCCACUGCUGCUCAUCUCCAAGGCAACUGUGUUCACACGCUUGCAGACUUCUGGGAGGAGACCUUGGCGAGCUGCAUCACGAGCGUUGGAGGAAGGGGAACGAGUUGGAUGGAGAGAGACGAAUGAAACUGCGUCCCUUCAUCACUCACCAUAUAUCAUUGUUUAGUUUAUUGAGUUCACACACACGUUGCCAUUUUGAGCUGAUGGUCAACUUUUAAAGUCUUGUCCUCUUGAUAUGUAAAAAUCCUAGUUUCCAAGCAAUAAAGUGUCCUUUGUACAUAUUAUUACACUUUAAAAACAGUCACCCCCGCCACUUCCCCACACUGAUAACGCCCCCAGCAUCGCCCACCUCCGCCCCCACUCAACCCGAAAGCACACACUCCUCGUGACUUCAUCUGUCUACCAUCCCUUCAUCCGAGGCUAUGAGAGGAGGAGUCGAAUCCCAGAUCACUCCAUCAUGCCAGUUCUGAAGAGUAGAGAGGAGAUCCGGGCUGGCAAUGUUCAAGGGACGCCAUUUACACUCCUUCACAAUGCUUGUCAGCCUCCACACCUCUCCCUCCCGUCUUCAGGACAAGCGCUUCGUCUCCCCCUCCUCCUCUCACCGUCCUCCUCCUCCUCCUCCUCCUCCUCAAGACCAGUCCUCUCAUCAUCUUUAUUCUCAGCCUCGGCUGACCCUGCCCUUCCUCUCCUUGUCCUUCUCUCUCCUCCUCCUCCUCUCCAUACUCCUCUUGCCCGUCUGCGCGUCUCGCAGGGGUGGAGGUCCAGGCUCAGGGCCUGGAGGUGCCCAAUGGGGACAAGGUGGGCAGAGGGGAGGCGGCACCCAGAGGGGCGUUGUCAUCCCUCCUCAAUACUCUCCUGCUAUACCGGCUCUUCCCCCAAUCAAUCCCAAACUGAUCAACUCACUCAGCAUAGCUGUCAUCCUGGUGGGCAACUCUAGUGAAGUAACUCUGGGGGUUGGCCUUGAGAAAGAGGACUUCCUCCACAUCCCUUACCCCCCCAAAGUCGAGGUUGUCACCAUGAAUGAGACCGACCCCAAGAGUAUCAUCAAUCGGAUCUGCGCACAAAUGACGAGGAAUUCCCUGCAAGGCGUAGUGUUUGGUGAUGACACAGACCAGGAGGCCAUCGCUCAAAUCCUGGACUUCAUCUCUGCCCAGACACACAUCCCCAUCCUGGGCAUCAGGGGAGGCUCCUCCAUGGUCAUGGCUGCCAAGGACGACCAGUCCAUGUUUUUCCAGUUUGGUCCGUCCAUCGAGCAGCAGGCCUCCGUCAUGUUGAACAUCAUGGAGGAGUAUGACUGGUACAUCUUCUCCAUAGUCACCACGUACUACCCUGGCUACCAGGACUUUGUCAACAAGGUCCGAAGCACCAUUGAUAACAGCUUUGUGGGCUGGGAGCUAGAAGAAGUCUUCCUGCUGGACAUGUCAGUGGAUGACGGAGACUCCAAGAUCCAGAACCAGCUGAAGAAACUGCAGAGUCCUGUUAUUCUGCUCUACUGCACCAAGGAGGAGGCAAGCACGAUCUUCGAGGUGGCCCAUUCUGUGGGCCUCACAGGUUAUGGCUUCACCUGGAUCGUGCCCUCGCUGGUGGCUGGAGAUGCAGACCACGUCCCCGAUGUCUUCCCUACAGGGCUUAUCUCGGUUUCAUAUGACGAAUGGGACUACAACAUCGAGGCCAGGGUACGUGAUGCAGUGGCUGUCAUUGCCACGGCGACCUCCACCAUGAUGCUGGACCGGGGGCCACACACCCUGCUGAAGUCAAGCUGCCUCGGGACACCUGACAAAAAGAGCUCCAACACUGGCCACUCCAAGGAAAUACUGAAGUACCUCAUGAAUGUGACAUUUGAAGGCCGAAACCUGUCAUUUAGUGAAGAGGGUCACCAGAUGUUCCCCAAACUGGUCAUCAUUCUUCUAGACAAGGACAGACAAUGGGACAGGGUUGGCAAGUGGGAGAGAGGCUCUCUGACGAUGAGGUACCAUGUGUGGCCUCGCUUUGAGCUGUACUCCGCAGCGGAGGAGCGGGAGGACCACCUGUCCAUCGUGACACUGGAGGAGGCGCCGUUUGUCAUCGUGGAGGACGUGGACCCGCUCAGUGGGACAUGCAUGAGGAACACUGUACCGUGCCGCAAGCAACUCAAACUCACCAAUCAGACAGGUGAUUCAGGGAUUUACAUCAAGCGCUGCUGCAAAGGUUUCUGUAUCGACAUCCUCAAGAAGAUCGCAAAGGCAGUCAAGUUCACUUACGACCUCUACCUGGUGACCAACGGCAAGCAUGGCAAGAAGGUUAAUGGGACAUGGAAUGGCAUGGUUGGGGAGGUGGUGUUGAAGAAUGCCCACAUGGCAGUGGGUUCGCUCACCAUCAAUGAGGAGAGGUCGGAGGUCAUUGACUUCUCCGUGCCCUUCAUUGAGACGGGGAUCAGUGUCAUGGUCUCCCGUAGCAACGGCACCGUGUCCCCCUCCGCCUUUCUUGAGCCCUUCAGUGCUGAUGUCUGGGUGAUGAUGUUUGUGAUGUUGCUGUUGGUGUCAGCAGUGGCUGUGUUUGUGUUUGAGUACUUCAGCCCGGUGGGUUACAAUCGCUGCCUGGCAGAUGGGCGAGAGCCCGGCGGUCCCUCCUUCACCAUCGGUAAGGCCAUCUGGCUGCUUUGGGGUCUGGUUUUCAACAACUCUGUACCCGUGCAGAAUCCCAAAGGUACCACCAGUAAGAUCAUGGUGUCAGUGUGGGCCUUCUUCGCUGUCAUCUUCCUGGCCUCCUACACUGCCAACCUGGCUGCCUUCAUGAUCCAGGAGGAGUAUGUGGACCAGGUGUCGGGCCUGUCAGAUAAAAAGUUCCAGAAGCCUAACGAAUUCUCGCCGCCAUUCCGGUUCGGCACGGUGCCCAAUGGGAGUACAGAGCGCAACAUCCGCAACAACUACCGGGACAUGCAUACUUACAUGACCAGCUUCCACCAGAAGAACGUAGAUGAAGCGCUGUACAGUCUGAAGAGCGGCAAACUGGAUGCCUUCAUCUACGACGCUGCAGUGCUCAACUACAUGGCGGGCAGAGACGAGGGCUGUAAGCUGGUAACCAUCGGAAGCGGGAAAGUGUUUGCCUCGACCGGCUACGGCAUAGCCAUCCAGAAAGGUUCAGGCUGGAAACGAGCAGUGGAUCUGGCCAUCCUCAUGCUGUUUGGAGAUGGUGAUAUGGAGGAGUUUGAGGCUAUGUGGCUGACGGGCAUCUGCCACAAUGAGAAGAACGAGGUGAUGAGCAGUCAGCUGGACGUGGACAACAUGGCGGGUGUCUUCUACAUGCUUGGGGCCGCCAUGAUUCUGUCAUUAAUCACCUUCAUCUGUGAACAUUGGUUCUACUGGCAGCUGCGCUUCUGCUUCAUGGGCGUGUGCUCGGGACAGCCCGGGGCCACCUUCACCAUUAGCAGAGGUAUCUACAGCUGCAUCCACGGGGUACAAAUUGAGGAAAACAAGUCGACCAUAGACUCACCCUCGGCCACCAUGAAGAAGAACAUGAACAACACCCACUCCAACAUCCUGCGGUUACUCCGCACGGCCAAGGACAUGACAGCCGUCCCGGGCAUUAACGGCUCUCCGCACGCUGCCCUGGAGUACAGCCACAGCGGGCGUGACUCGACUAUCUUUGAUAUCCAGGAGCACCGGCGCAGCUUGGUGGGUCACCCUGUCGACUGCAAGUCAGCGCCGCCCUACCUGCCAGAGGACAACAUGUUUAGUGACUACAUCAGCGAGGUGGAGAGGACUUUUGGCAACUUGCCCCUGAAGGACAGCAACCUGUACCAGGACCAUUACCUGCACCACCACCCGGCCUCGGCUCUGGGUAUGUCCGGCCCCGUGCCUAAUAGGCCACGUAGCUUAGGCAGCACUAGCUCGUUGGAGGGGGGCAUGUUCGAUUGCGACAGUUUAGGGGGAGGGGUAGCGCCCAUCUUCACUACCCAGCCCCGCCCCUCCAUGACUCACAGGAAUACCAAUAAAUUUGACCUGAUCGCCGGCCACACCCCUGCGGAUUCCAACCAGGGUGGGUUCAAGGGGAACAAUGUGUAUGGGAGGUUUUCUUUUAAAGGAGGCGCAUCCAGCACGGGGCUCAUUGGGGGUCAUGACAGGUACUGUGGUGGGGGUGGGGGAGGCUCAGGGGGGGACGAUGGGAACAUUCGCUCGGAUGUUUCGGAUAUCUCCACGCACACUGUCACCUACGGCAACCUGGAGGGCAACAACAAGCGGCGUAAGCAGUACAGGGACAGCCUGAAAAAGAGGCCAGCUUCGGCCAAGUGCAGACGGGAGCAGGACGAGAUAGAGCUGAGCGGCCUCAGGAGGAGAGCCCACCACCACACCGUCCACCACCACUUCCCCCACGGGCCACAGGCACACCGCACGGUCUCACCUCCCCUGGAGCGGAAGAGGGGAGGAGGAGGGGGUAAUUCUUCACCUUUUAUAUUCCGCAAAGACAAAGAGAACCUGAGGGAUUUCUAUGCGGACCAGUUCCGCUCCAAGGAGGGCAAGGCCAAGUGGGAGCACGAGGGUGGAAGUGGAGGAAGCGGUGUGGGCGGUGGUAGUGGUGGUGGUAUCUGUAAGAGCUUAGUACCUGUAGAAGACUUCCUAAAAGGUAAAGUCAAGAAGCCGGAGUGUAAAGGUGGGCUUGGCUCAGUGUCGGCAGGGCAGCAGGCCCACACCUGCUGGGAGAAAGGGGUUUCUGGGCUAGGAGGGGGGGGCAUAGCAGGGGGUGACUGGGAGUGUCGUAACUGCCACAAUGUGUGUCACCACGGAGGAGUCGGGGCUUGCCCAGCUAAUGGGGUUGGGGGCAGCAGCAGUCGCCCCACCUCCGCUAGCUGCAAACGCUGCGACUCUUGUAAGAUCCAGCCGGGCAAUCUUUACAACAUCAGCGAGGAUAAUAACAUGGUGUUCGCUGGAAUGAAGAGUAGCGUAGGACCCAUUCAAACACAAACUCAGGCACAGCGCAGGAAGCUAGGGUCGGGUGGGAGGGUGUUACGGAGGCAGCACUCGUAUGACACAUUUGUGGACCUGCAGAGGGAGGGGGCAGGCCGCAAGGGAGGGGUUGGUGGCGGUGUUGGGGGGCAGUUUAUCCAGCCCCGGAGUGUGAGCUUGAAAGACAAAGAUCGUUCCAUGGAGGGCCCCAGCCCUUACGCUCACAUGUUUGAGAGGUAUUCAGGGGAAAGGGAGUCCUCCAUGUUUGGAGGAAUAGGCGGGGAUAGGGCGAAGGGAGGUUCAUCCUUCAGUUUGUUCCGUGGAGGCGAAGGUGGGUUGCAUCAGCGGUCGGUUGGGGAGAGAGACCUGAGGGACAGAGAUAGACCUAUGACGGGAGGUGGGGGCUGUGGUGGUGGUGGUGGUGGUGGUGGUAGCAGAGGGGCCGGGACUUACUCCUUGUCUAAAUCUCUCUACCCAGAUAAGGUGAACCAGAACCCCUUCAUCCCAACCUUCGACGACGACCAGUGUCUAUUACACGGUGCCAAACCGUACUACAUCAAAAAGCCACAGACGCAGCAACAGCAGCAGCAACUUCUCAACAACAGCCGAGGAGGAGGGGACUUCCAUGGCUCCAUGGGAACGACUUCCUAUUUGCCUGUGUCCGCCACAGCUGGGGUGAUGUCCAAUGUGGCCCCCAGGUUCCCCAACGAGCUGUGUCUGGGCGGGGUGGGAGGGCCCAUGGGGAACCACCAUGGGGCCAGCAAGCUACUGCCUGUGGGCAGGGACACAUUAGGUUUGGGGCAGGGACAGAGACCCUUCAACGGUGCCAGCAAUGGACACGUUUAUGAAAAGCUCUCCAGCAUUGAGUCAGACGUCUGAGGGUGAGGCAGAACUAGACAAGAAGAUGAAGUGGGUGAAGAAAAGAGGGAGAGAAACAUACAGAUGCUGAUGACCUCUCUGUGUGAGGAUGAGGAGACACGAUACUGUGUGUGUUGUUCUCACUCCACUAAAUGGGAAAGAAUUUGGACGAUGCACAGAGGCCACUGCAGGCUAAGCUGUGAAGUCCAGCGGGAGACAAGUUUUUAAUGAGAAGAGAGGAUUCUGGUGCUGCUCCGACGCUCAGAAAGAUUGGGAGGGAGGGGGAAAAAGUUAAAUUAAAUCUCCAGUCUCUGCUCUCUUCACAUGCUCAUUGUCUUUCCCUCCGUCCUGCAGUUCCUUAACACCAAAACAAACAUUUUGUUUAACAACGGAAAUACAAUCAUGAAUGAGAAAUCAACGCUUCUGUUGAAGUAACAGGGUAAACUAAUAAUAAUUGUAUUGAUAAUGUUAAUAAUAUUAUUAUCGAAUAUUAUUCCAGUGUUUAAUGAUGAUCAGUUUGGAUUGUUUUUUUAAAUUUUAUUGAUUUAAAUAGUUCAUGUUACAUAUUUGUAUGAUGUUAAUUCUUUCUUAGCUUACCAAUAUUACAGGAGACUGGUAGACUUUUUUUGGGGUUCCUGUAAUUUGGACUCUUCUUUGCUAUUUAUUCUUCAUGUUUGAUUUUCUUUUUUUACUUUUCUUACUCUUGAGUGCUGUGAAGUGUAUGUGAAAGGCAUGACUCGCUGAGUACAUUCAUUGUACUUAUAAAUUUGCAAAGAAGGUCUUUCUUUUUUUCAGCUGCAGAAGCAACGUCAUCAUACUGAUUUGCCGUUUCCUCUCCUUUUUUUUGCUCGGCAGUACCAAAUGGGUCUCACAUUUUGAGCUGGGCGUGCCUUAAAGGAUUACUACAGAUUUUCUACACACAAGAUCUGUUCUGUUGGUAGACAGAUCCAUCUGCACACAAUUAGUCUAAUUGAGUUGAGUGUGAAAAUACACCUGAAAAAGUGUUUAAUGAGCAUAACAGACUUUUAGGCAUUUGAAAGAUGUUAUAAUACAAGGCAGAAUUUGCUGCCGUAGAGGAAGCUUGAAUUCCUACAUAGAUCCCCAACAAUGAAAGUAACCAAUAGCAGGAUUACAAGGGUUAAAACCACAGUGCCAUGAUAAACAAACAUUCCUGUUCCCCUGAAAGUCAGCUACGACUGUAUGUGAAGAGAUACGAGUUAAGAAAUAAAAUAUCGGAGCUUCUUCUAUUAUCUCCACAAUAAAUCUAACUGCAUCCUUGAAGUCAUUUACGAAGAAGCUUAACAAGCUUCAUCACUCCUCACCUCCUCAAACCCCACUGUUUAUAAGAGAUGACCCAGGAUCCAACUGUCCAUUAUAAACAUGUAAAUCACAUUUAAUGUCCGCUUAUUUCACUGGGUCUGACUCAAUUGGUCGUGACAGUUUUGCUGCUCAGGACAGGCUCAUAAUGGACUCAAAGAGUGAGGCCUCUGUUGCUGGGAUGAGCAGCAGUAAUGUUAAUUAUUUCAUGAUUACAGCUAUAAGCCCUGCCUGUUGUAUUACAUGGUCACAUUUAAAUCAUGAGAGGAGAAGAUUCUCACUCUGCUGGUGUAAAGGACCACAGCAAGCUCUGGUACCUAAUGCCCCAAAUAAUCUCUUGAUUUAGUCUUGCAAUUAUUCAUAAAUAAGUAAUUCUAUCUUAAAAAUGGGGUUAAUAGUACAAAGAGUUUGUGCUCACUUUACAGCUGCUGAAUAUUGUUCCCUGUGCUUUAAAGGAAUAGUUUGACAUUUUGGGGAAUGCGCUUAUUUUCUUUUUUGCUGAGUACUAGAUGAGAAGAUUGACACUCUUAUGGUAAAUAUGAAGCAACAGUCAGCAGCAAGUCAGUUUAGCAUGGCUGUGUCCAAACAUACUCUACCUACCAGCCCCUCUAAAGCGCACUAAUUAAAGGUCCAGUGUGUUGAACUUAGUGACAUCUAGUGAUGAGGUUGCUGAUUGCAGCCAACUGAAAACCCCACCGUGUCCCAGCGUGUCGGAGAACUAUGUUGGUCUUCAGGUAAUGUAAAAACGCAGAAGGCCCUCUCCAGAGCCAGUGUUCGGUUUAUCGUUUUAGGUUAUUGUAGAAACAGCGGACUCCGUGAAGAGGACCCGCUCUCUAUGUAGAUACAAAGGGCUCAUUCUAAGGUAACAAAGACGAUUAUUACUUUCAGGGGAUUAUUCAUUAAUGAAAACAUAGUUAUGAAUAUUAUAUCCCAUUUCUGCCUGGUUCUUUAACACAUUUUAUACUGUUUUGCUUAAUCCAUAUAAAGUGUAUUUCCAAAAAUGUCCAACUAUUCCUUACACUCGGAACAAGAUAACCUGGAUAAUAUAAGUCUGGCCCUUUCAUCAUGUUAUCCCCUUCAUCAUUUCUCCCAGCAUGUUGCUCAAACUCACAUUUAACAGAACAUAAAGAAUAAUUCCACUAUGUUCUGUAACCCUGAUUUCUCCCCCCACCGGACCAUAAUCUGUUUCACAUGCUGAGAUUUUAAUGAAGGAAAUAAUUUGCCCUCUAGUCUUCCGAGAUCCUGUGUGGAUUGUGUCGGAUGCAGACAUUUGAGGAGAAAAAGAAGAAAGCGGAGGCGGGAGAAAGUAAAGCAGGUAGUACAUUUAGUAGUUUGUUGCAGAUGUUAUUCUGUUAUCAAAAGGCGGCUUCCAAAUUCAAACAUCAGACACACCGGUCAUCUCGGCUCUAACACUUUAUAAGGACUAGCCUACUGUGUUCUGUUUAAUUUACAGCCCUCCGUACCAUUAAAACAUUAUUAAUCACAAUUUAAGACAUCUAUUCUCCAUUCCCUUAUUACAUAAACCAGACAUUUAGUCACUCUGCCAAACCAAAUUUUAAUACCUAAGCACAAUCUGACUGGAUAUAUAAGACUUUCUCUUGGUUGACAAGUCAGUAUGUAUGAUACUAGGGGGUCUCUAGUGUUUGUGAGGACUUGCAUGUCUACACUUUUCUUUAUUUCUGUUUUCUAAUCUUAACUUUUAGCCCAGAAAAAAAAUGGGUGUUUUUGAACAAUAUUUGGAAUUUUUUAUCAAUUUCAUUGGUACUGAUGAUCCAUGUAGUACUGUAGGUGUGUGCGUGUGUGUGCUUGUUUGUGCAAGAGAAGACACCAAUCUCAACAGUCAAAACUUUAGUUAUACUUUAAUAAAUAUGGCUAAAUUGAUUUCAGAUUUUCACUAGGAUAGCAAAGAAUUUUUUAUUAAUCUUCUACAAGGAUCAAUUUUCUCGAUAGUUUGUGUAAAUGCUUUUAAACAAGGUUGAGGUCUUGAUUAAUACAUUCAUCGUCACUGAAGAAGCCUUUUUGUCAUUUCAAAUACCUUUCCUAUUAUUUUCCUUUGAAUAUCAUAAUUUCUGUUAUUGUAUGUGCCUGAAUACAUACGCUUGAUUACCUCUGUGUGUGCUCAUAUGGGAGAGAGACAGAGUGUGUGUGAGAGAUAACUGUUUAUUGUACUUGUAUUAUAAAACUGUAUGUAAAUACUUUACCUCACGCUCAUGGACUUUUGAUAAAAGAAACUGUACAAAAACGGCAGAGAAUAGAUCUAUUUGGGAUAAAUCUUUGAUUCGUAGGUCCCCUUGCAAAUUUGCUUUUGUAACGACCUCAGGCCAGGAUUUGUGCAAUCGUUUAUUGUGCACAUUUAAUGAGUCAUGGUUUGUGGAUGUGUUUAUUUUCGGUUUGAUUUGGUCAAAGACCAGCUAAGAAGGUUGUUUUCUCAAAUCAUUAAUUGUCACACAGAAAGCACAAUAGGUUAUUUAUUGCAUUUUUACAGAGGUAGUCUCUUUUUCUUUCCUCUUUGGCUAAUCUUCUGUUUUUGUGUUUUCGUGCCACAGAAGAAUCGAACAACUCCACCCUUGAGCUGUACAGAUUGUGAAAAAUGUACAUAGGACAAAAAUCUAGUUCCACCUCGCAUUUUUUGUAUGGAGAGAAAUUACUUGUGUGAAGAGAGUAUUUCAAAUUUGAUUGAAUAUUUAGUAAUAUUGAAAUGAGAUUAAACGCAGUCAAUGUGAAAAUAAGUGCUGAGAAAUAUUAUUCUUCUGUCUCUUUGGAAUAAAAGUGUUGAGUAUUAAUAAAAAAUAAGAA